AGUGCACUUGUAACUUGGGUAGUAGUGUCAUGUAUUCGCGCAAGUGUCUCGAACUGUCUUAUGUUUUGUGAUUGAUGUUUUGUGAAAAGUGCUGCGCUGAAUCUGGCGUAAGUUCCAAAUAUUCAGGUCUACUUUUUAAUUGGAAUGAUCGAAUUGAAGAAGGUGCUCCUAGGACAGACAAUGGAAUUACUUACGUUUUUCAAGAAUCCUGAAGACAGUAGUCGUUUCCGUAUUAAUUGAGAUUACUGGAAAGUGACAACGACGUGAGUUAUCGGCGUGGCCAAUCGUUUUCCAUAUAGCGUCCAGAGUGACCACCAAGCUGUUUACUCGCCACGGGUUUUUUACUUAGAUCUUCAAAAUUGCUGCCAUGGGUCGCAAAAAAAUACAAAUAUCGAGAAUUACCGAUGAACGGAAUCGGCAGGUGACUUUCAACAAACGCAAAUUCGGAGUGAUGAAAAAGGCGUACGAACUGUCGGUGCUAUGCGACUGCGAGAUAGCACUGAUAAUCUUCAGUAGCAGCAACAAACUGUACCAAUACGCCAGCACUGACAUGGACAAGGUUCUACUUAAGUACACAGAAUACAACGAGCCUCACGAGUCUCUCACCAACAAAAACAUCAUCGAGGCACUCAACAAGAAGGAGCACAAGAACGGCGUGAUGAGCCCCGACAGCCCGGAGCCGGAGACCGAGUACCAGCUGACGCCGCGCACCGAGGCCAAGUACAGCAAGAUCGACGAGGACUUCCAGAUGAUGCUGCAGCAGAGGACGCAGAUGAACGGACAGAGGGUUAGCAUGAACUCCUCGAACUACACCCAGCCCGUCUCCGUGCCGGUCAACAUCAGCUACGCCGAUUCCGGCCUCCUGCAGUCCAGCCCCCAGAUGGCGCACCCGAGCCUCAGCCCGCGGCCCUCCUCCUCCGAGACGGACUCGGUGUACCCGAGCGGCGGCAUGCUCGAGAUGAGCAACGGCUACCCGACCUCCGGCUCGCCCAUGGGCGGCUCCCCCUCGCCGGGGCCCAGUCCGGGCUCGGCCAAGGCGCAGCACUCGAAACAGCACUCGCCUGCGCCCAGGGCGAACUUGCGGGUAGUCAUUCCGGCGGCGCUCGGGCCGAGUAUCGCCGCCGAGGAGGUGUCCUACGCCGAAACCCCCGGCCUCUCGUACCCGGGCGCGCUCGCCUCCUUCGGCGCGCAAGACUUCAGCAUGGGCGGCGACAUCGGCCUGGCCUCCAUGUCGUGGAGCCACCAGAUGGCGCACAGCGGCUGCCUGCCCCACCUCGCCGUCUCGAGCGGCACCCCGCCGCCCCCGCCGCCCGCCGCCGCCUCGCCGCUACCCGUCAAGAUCAAGAGCGAGCCGAUCUCGCCGCCCCGCGAGCACCACCACCACCACCCGCAGCAGCAGCAGCAGCAGCUGACGGCCGUCCACCACUCGCCGCACAUACAGACGCUGAACCUGACGCACUCGGGGCACCACCCGAGGCCGAGCUCGGCGGGGCAUAUUACGCCGACGCCGGGCAGUGUCACGCCCACCAAUCUACCUUCGCCUACAGGACCUACAAGCAGCGGGACUGAAUACGGCGACACGGUGCAAUUGCACAAGCGGGCCAGAUUGACGACAGACUGGCCAUCCUAGAGUCGUUUCCUUUCGACGAGGCCAUCCUCUCACCAACAUAGGACACUAAGUGCCAUAGUGAUACACAAGUGUAGAUGAAAUAGAACUAAACGUGUCUGUUCCAAUUGCCAAUUGUCAUCUAUGUGAUAAACUACAAGUCUAGUAGAGCAAUUAUUAAAUUUUACCGAACUGAAUUAUAUCAAAAAUUUGUAGGUCUGUAAGCGAAGAGAUGAUUUUUUUGUAGAGAGAGUAUAAGAUUUUUACUAAGACGAUUCAAGUGUGGUGCGUGUAAUGUGGUUUUAAGAAUACAAUUCAAAGUAGGUACUCUACUAUCAAAUUUUCUGAAAUCAAUCAGCUUGGUAAUGGUUUGCAAAAUUUUGGAUUAUUUCAUUCAAAUGAUUUGACUAUAUGUUCGGAAAAGGUGCCAUAUUAUCAGGGCAUUACAGGGUUUUUUGUCAUUAUUGUAUAUAAAUACCUAAUCUCAUUGAUUUCCAUCAAUUGUCUGAGAAGCUUCAACCAAGAGAAUAUUUUUAUUCCUGUUUAGUCAAUGAAACUGAAAGAAAUAUAUUGGGAUAGCUUUGUUGAACAGUGGAUGGAGUUUUAUGAGCUAGAUAGCACAGAAAUUUUGAUAAAACCUGCUCAUAUGCUUUGACUUGACUAGAUUCAU